GUAACAUAGUAAUCAGCGUGAUAUUUGGAUUGUUAUAUAUAAGCGUCAUUUAAAUCAACGCCGGUAAAGGGCUUGUCUAGACGUUUACAGGACUGUUAAGGAUGCCUUCUUCGCAGAAAAUUGCACCUCUAACACAACUUCCUGAUAUUCUGAAGCAGUAUACUAAAGACUGCAUCAGGGCUCAGCCUUCAGAUAUCAUUCAGUGGUCUACAGACUACUUUGGCACGAUGUCGAAUGGAGGAUUCCGUGCACAAAAGUCAAAAGAAGAAAAUUCAUCAUCUCUACCUCCAUGCAAACCAACACUAACACCUGGUUUACUAAGGGCCUUACAUGCACAAGUGAAUGGAAGAUUAAUAGUACCAGCAAAAGAAGUCGAGCAAAAAUGGAAUGACCUUGGCCUUCCUGCAGAUACUCUAAGACGCAUAAUGACUGUGGGUGCUUUUGGCGUGGAGAUUGAAUGGAUGAAAUUUUUUGCCUUGUGUUGCAGUACACUUGAUCCUAACAUUACAAAUGCCAUGAGGUAUGCAUUUGAGAUUUUAAGUUCAAAGGAAGAUGGUGGUCGAAUUCCUUACACCACGUUUAGAUUCCUCUACAGUUACCUUGCCAUGAUAGAUGGUGAAAUUCAUCGAUCGCAGAUUGAAAAGAUGCUUAACAACAUUGAACGGCAGGUAGCUGAAAAUGAUGGACUUGUCAAAGUUAGUGAUUUCAUCAGCUGCUGACUGCAUAAGUAAUAAAUCAUCCAGGAACUUCAGAAAAUUGAAGGCUACUGAAUAGAUUGAAUUGAUGUCAUCUUUAGAAGCAACACUUCUUGGUAAUGAAGUACUUCUUCAGUUGUGCUGCUUAAGCUUGCAUACAACAAUAAACCUCUUAACCUAGUGAGGUAAUGCAUUUACUGGAGCUUGUGUCUAUGAGUCUAUAUAUCGUGAUUUUUGAAAAAGCGUUCCAUUUCAAACGCCUGCAUAUUGAAAAUUAUAAACACAAGAAAGUCUCCAGAUACUAGAAAUCGAAAGCAACACACAUAAAAUGCUGAAAGGACUCAGUAAGUCAGGUAGCAUCUAUGGAAAUGGAUAAGCAGUCAUUUUAGGCCGAUACCCUUCUUCAGGACUGGAAAGGAAUUGGAAGAUGGGAGAAUAAAAAGGUGGGGGGGAUGAGAACACUUCUCCUGCAAAUUUGCUGGGAUCAUCUAUUGUGUCCAGUUACCCUGAUAUGGCCUGCUCUACAUUGGUGAGACCAGUUGUAAAUCGGGGGACAAGUUCGUUGAGCUCCUCCACUCCAUCCGCCAAAAAGUGGAACUUUCUGGUGGCCAAACAUUUUAAUUCUGAUUCCCAUUCCUGUUCUGACAUGUCGGUCCAUGGCCUCCUCUUAUACCAAUAUAAGGCCACAUGGUGGGAGGAGCAACACCUUAUAAUACAGUAUGUCUGGACAGCUUCCAACCUGACAUCGGCUGUUUAUGCAUUUCUAUAUUUAUUGAAAAUUAACCUGGAACUGGUUCUGAUAAUUAGUUAUUUUUCACAAGGUACUAUUGACAGCUUUAGACUCAGAGUAGUGGAAUGAACAACUGAAAAGUGCCCUUAUUCUCUCCCCCAAAAAGCUGCUCAGAAAUUGAUCAUUCAACUCAGGGCCAGGAGGCCAGAACACUGUGAACUUCAGUGCCAGGGUCAGUGGGCCUUCUAUUGACUCAUCAUCAGUCCCAUUCUGUAAACUAAUGAGCUGGCUGCAAUUAGCAAUUUGCCUUACUACAGACUGGAAUCUUCUGGUAUUUCUUCAUGGGCCCAUGAGGAAAUGACUAACCAUACUAGAGCCCUCCAAGAGUAGCUUUCUGCUACUUCACCUUCAAUGUAUCCAUAACAGUUGUUCUGACUUAUGGGACCAAAUGCAGAUGCCUACCUUGCUGUAAAGCUCCAUUGUUACAAUGAGUCAUUGAAUCAUGGGCAGCCUUCCAUUUUGUGAACCAUUUCUCCCUCAUGAUGUCCUUUCUAGGGCCUUGAACAAAAACAAUCAGCAGCACUUGGUCCUCAUGCACAAGAAAUAGAUGGGACAAAAAGGGUUGUAGGUUUAUUUUUUACAGUAGCUUUGCUUUUUGAAAACAUUCCUGUUAUUUUGUGCAGUAUUAGAAAUACCUCUGAGAAACUAAUUCUUAACAUUGAUCGAGAAUAAUUUCACGGACUU